AUGGGCGGCCUCAUCAAAUAUAGGUCUCGUUUUAUUGUCUGGAAUGGAGUAUUUUCCAGCUACUCCAUCAGUCUAGAUAGAAGGCGUUCUGAAACGAGGCUACUCCAUGCCGCGAUCACAAAACUCAAACCCCCUCUUCUCGUAUGCCGGUCGCCCUCCGCGCCAUCCUCGCGGGCCCGAGCCCUCUCCCUGCGCGCGCGCUCCCCGCCGUCCAAGCCCUCCUCCUCACCUCGGGCCUCGCCGCGGACGCCGCCGUCCUCGCGCAUUUCGCCAGGCACCUCGCCUCCGCGACGCGCGCCCCGGCGGACGCCGUCCGCGCGCUGCUCCGGCUCCGCCCCCGCCCGCGCUGCGCGCACCCGUUCAACGCCCUCAUCUCCCACCUCACCCUCUCCGGCGACCCCCCCGCCGCGUUCCGCGUCUUCGCGGUCCUCGCCGCGGGCGGCGACGCCGGGCGGCCCGACGGGUACACGCUCCCGGCCGCGCUCAAGGCGUGCGCGCGGCUCGGCGGCGGCCACGCUGUAUGGCGCGUGCGGCGAGUGCGGCGACGCGAGGAGGGUGUUCGACGAAAUGGCGGGGCGGGACGUCGUGUCCUGGACCGCGCUGGUGUCCGCGUUCGUCAGGGGAGGGAGGUUCGUCGAGGCUCUCGCGGUGUUUGGCGAGAUGGACGUUGCGCCGAACGAGGGGACAUUGGCUAGCGCGCUGGUCGCGUGCGGGCGGCUGGGGGCUGUGCGUGCUGGGAAGGCCGUGCACGGGUGGUGUCUCAAGCGGCAGAGGGAGCUGGAACUCAUCGUUGGGAAUGCUUUGUUAGAUAUGUAUGUCAAGUGCGAGAAGUUGCAUCUUGCAAGGCGGGUGUUCGACAGGCUUUUGGUGAGGGACAUUGUUUCUUGGACGGUCAUGAUAAGUGGUUUGGUGCACUGCAGGCUUCCUAGCGAGGCCUUGGAGCUGUUCAAUGGGAUGCAGACAUCAGGGGUGAAGCCAGAUAAGGUUGUUCUCUCCACUGUCCUCUCAGCUUGUGCGAGCUUAGGCGCGCUGGAGUCUGGGAGGUGGGUGCAUGAAUAUAUAGAGCGUAAAGGCAUCGAGUGGGAUGUACAUGUGGGGACAUCAUUGGUUGAUAUGUACGCAAAGUGCGGGUGCUUGGAAACUUCUCUUUCAAUCUUCCAUAAGAUGCCCGUAAAGAAUGUAUCAUCUUGGAAUGCGUUGAUCAAUGGGUUCGCAUUGCAUGGUCAUGGUAGGGAAGCUCUUGUGUACUUUGACAGGAUGGUGGCUUCAGGCUUGCCCCCCAAUGAAGUCACCUUUAUAAUCGUCCUUGGUGCUUGCUGCCACACAGGUUUGGUGCAAGAAGGCCUCGGGUUGUUUAAUUUGAUGAAUAAUUCAUACAAUCUCUCGCCAUGGGAAGAGCAUUACGGUUGCAUGGUUGAUCUUCUUGGCAGAGCUGGGCUCAUUCAGGAAGCAUAUGGUUUAAUUAAGGUCAUGCCUAUGACGCCUGCUGUGUCCACGUGGGGAGCCCUGCUGAGUGCAUGCCAAGCUCAUGGGCGAGUAGAGUUUUCACAGCAGAUUCUAAGGCAUGUCCAUGAGUUGGAGUCCUCUGGGAGUGGGUUUUAUGUACUCCUCUCAAAUUUAUAUGCUCUGAAUGAUAGAUGGACUGAUGUAAAGAGGGUGAGAGGGCUGUUGAGUGAAAAAGGCUUGUGGAAGGAGCCAGGAUCCAGUUUGAUUGAGGUGAAUGGUAAGACCAGUGAAUUUGUAGUUGGACAGACGAACCAUCAAGAUAUGGAUGCGAUAUGUGCCGUGCUUUUCAUGCUAAUGAAGCAAAUACAUUUGGAUGCGUUGUAAUUCUUCAGGCCGAUUCUCAGUUUUCGUUGGAGAUUUGAUCUUAUGCAUUCAGAAAAUAUCUACUGAUUUAGUUGGUCCUAGGGACUGGAUAUCAACUUUAGGUAGUCAUUGCAUACUGUUAGCAUCAUCUGGCUACACCUAUUUCUGUGGGUGAGUGGGUGAUCAAGUCUAACCUUGGAAUUGCUACUGCACAUUUAUAUUUCAUUGUUUGUUGCUCUUGUGCUUACGCAGCUUUUCUGGCGUUAAAAAUCUGAACAGCCAAGUGGAGUACAAAGUUAGCCAGACAUGAUUAACAGUGAAUAUCAGCCAUUGUUGGGUGCCUCUUGGAGCCUCUCUUCAGUUCUUGAACAUGAUUGAUGGUGAAUUUCACCAUCAGAACUCCUGGAUGGAGGAGUGGACUCUGACCCUUACAAGGUACUGGCACAAAGCCAGACUAAUUUGUAAUCGUUUUAUAUAAGGUGAGGCAAAAAGUUGCUGAACCUUUUAACAUCAGAUUGAGUUGAGAGUUGAGACUGGUAGAUAACCGCGCCAAGAGCUAUGCAGAGCUAAAUAUACCAGCCUUGUAAACAUGCCUGUUAUUAGUAUCUGAAGUUAUCUCUGAAGCCUAGGAGUGAAGUGUUCUGAAGGAGUAUGAGACAUCAUUAGUUCUUUGUUCUGCUAUCUUUCACUCAACUUGUUAGUUGAUGAAGGGCAUCUGCUUUUAACAUGACAGGGACAGUUGUUGGAUAUGCCAUAAUUAUAUAUUCCUCAUUAAAGAAGAUAAAGUGUUGUUCAAGAACACUGCUGCCACAGGGGGUCCAAGACCAUAAAGUGCGGAGAAGUCUCUUGUAUUGAAAUUUGGUCUCCAUCCUGGUGCAUAUAUUGUUUGCCGGACGGAUUGGCGGAAGAGUACAAAAGCAAAGCGAUGUAUUCCUGCAGUUGGUUUUGGGCUUUCAUAACUGACGACUUCAUUUCCUGUAACAAAAUGCGUGCUAACAUGUUAAAGUGAUGUCAC